AUGGCUAGCGUGAAGACCUACCUUAAUGCCGAUGACUUCAAACAAGGGUUACAAGAGCUCGACAAGGAGAUGGAAAAAAGUAACUUCCUCACUGCAUUUGCCCCAAUUGAGGUGGUGACUGCUGGAGGCUUCCUUGCAGUUUGGUAUCUGAAGAGCCGCGAGUCCACCGGAGAUCUCGAUUACAUUAUUCAUCCUGAAUGGUCUUCGGACGCUGAAAUAAAGUCCCCACUGCAGGAAGCUGUGUGGGCGGUCGCGGAGAAGUGUAAUUUCAAUAUGAAGUGGAUGAAUGAUGAGAUGGGUUUAUUCACGACUUCAGAAACCGACAGGAAGCUUUUUGCACAGGCAAAGAAUGAAAACGUGGUUCUUUUUGAAGGGAAUAAUAUAGUGGUGCGCGCAGCCCCCAUUGAAUGGGCACUGGAAAGGAAGUUACGAAGGAUCUUUGUCGGUGGCAGGGACCGAAAGGCGGAACUUGAUAUGAGCGACGCAAUGGCCAUGUUGAAGUAUCUGAAAGAAGCAAAGGGUCCAUUGGACCGAGAGUAUAUACGGACCCUCAACAUGAAUGGAUUUGACGUGGUGCCAGACAAUGCUACGAUGAAUCGCGUGGCCGCAGAGUAUCGGCGGAUUUAUGGAGAGGAGGCAUUUGCCUGA